AUGACCAGACGUCAUCGGAACUCAUUGCCGGUACCUGAUGACCUGGCUAUGGAGAUAUUCACGAGGCUGCCGUGGAAGGCGAUGGCGAGAUGUCGUUGCGCAUGCAAGCUCUGGUCCUCCAUGCUUCGCCGUCAAGAUUUCACAGAGCUUUUCUUGACCAAAUCUUGUGCUCGCCCUCAGCUCCUUUUCGUCAGGGAAGAUUACAGCGUCAGAGAGAUUGUGUUCAUCACGUCGCCUCAGCCUGAAAAUCCCGAAGAGAACUCGUACGUUGUAGCAACCAAUCAUCUUGCGCGUUUCCCACGUUCCAACGGAUUCUAUGGUUGUACCAACGGCUUCUUCUGUUAUGGAGCUGACUGGUUCUUUAAGAGGCUAAAAUUGCCGGUGAUAUGUAACCCCAGCACGGGACAGUCCUUGACCAUGCCCAGAUUGAUCUCGAAAAAGAGGUAUGGAGUGCAAAGCUAUCUUGGAUAUGAGCCGAUGGAGAAAGAAUUCAAGUUAUUGUCGAUGAACAGCUCGCGUAAUGGUGAGAGGAUCUCUGUGGAGCACCAAGUUCUGACAUUAGGAACCAAGAAUUUGUCAUGGAGGUUGGUCGAGUGCUGCGUACCACAUUGUUCUUCUACUAAGUGGAUAUGCAUCAGUGGUGUUCUCUACUACGCAGCAAGUGCAGAUGGAUCUUCCGAGAAUUCUAUGGUCCUUUGUUUUGACUUGAGGUCUGAGGAGUUCAGCUCUGUCAAGUUCGGUAAAGCAAUGCCUGAUUCAACAACUAAAAUGGUAAACUACAACGGCAAGUUAGGUUUGCUUAUGUCUGGAGAUUCUCAUUAUGUUACUCGAUCAAAGACCAUGUACAUUGCUGGAAUGGUUGGUACAAAAGAAAUCGUCUUCUCCCCGAGCUACCAAAGAGUGCCUUCCUAUGUCAUCUACUUCAACGUGGAGAGAAAGACGAUCACCAAAGUUGGAAUCCAAGGACUGGAAGCGUUUCAGGGUACGAGUUUCAAAACCUAUCUUAACUAUGUUGAGAAUGUGAAGCUUCUUUAA